UAAUUUUGUUCUAUUAAAUAGUUCUAAAUACUUUAAAUUUUUAAUAUUUGAUAAAGCUGUUAAUUUAAUUAAAAAUAAAAAACAUCUAUCUAUUGAAGGUAAAUUAGAAAUGAUAAAAUAUUUUCAUGAAAUGAAAAAAGAAACAGUAUCUCCUGUUAAUAGGAUUUCUAUCAGUAAUAAUUGGUUAGGUGGUUUUGUUGACGGAGAUGGCUGCUUUAGUUGUAGUAGUUCAGGACCAAUAUUUAGAUUAGAAAAUCACAUUAAAGAACUUGAAUUAUUUAAAAAAAUUAAAGAAUAUUUGAAUUCAGUAAAUCUAAGUAUAAGUAAACCACGUAGUAAUAGAAUUAAUUCUAAUUCUACUUGUGUUCUAGAAAUUAUUAAUAUACAUAUUUUACAUAAUGUAAUAAUACCAAUUUUUAGUGUAAAAUGUGAAGGAUUUCAAAUAUUACAAAGUAAGAAGUUAAAAGACUUUAAUGAUUGGUUUAUAGUGGUUAAGAUUUAUUACAAUGGUUAUCACAUAUUAGCUGAAGGGAUUUCAUUAAUUAAUGAUAUUAAAUCCAAUUGGAAUAAUUUUAGACUCUCUACUAAUAAAAUUAAAUCUAAUAUCGAUCCGUUUGAAUUAGAAAAUAAAUUAAAUUAUCUUUUUUCUUUACCUGCUCCAUAUGAAAUUAAAAAUGGAGUUAGACUUUUAAGAGGUACUAAUAAUUUUGUUUCUGAAAAAUUACCUAUUUUAUGUUUAGAUCAAACCAAUAAUAAAUUAAAUUUUUCUAGUAUUACUGAAUGUAGUAAAGCUUUGAAAAUAGAUAGAUCUACAAUAAAGAAAUAUUUAAUAACGGGGGAAUUUUAUAAAAGUUAUAAAUUUAUUCCUAAUUAUUAAGUAUUAUAUUUUAUUUUUUUUUUUAAUAGAUUUAAUCCAGAAGUCUGAUAUUGCUCUUAGCAGUUUAAAAAGUUUGACAGAAAAUAGGGAAAAUUGCAUAGAAUUCCUUUUUAAAUUUAAGGAAAAUAUGCAGCCUAACUUAUAUUUAACAUAAUUAAAAUUUAUUUUAUAAUAUCUGAAGGUUCAACGACUAGUAGGUUAGUAUUAUAUUUACAAUUAAAAAUCCUACCAAGAAACCCCUAGAUUAUUAAAUAUUACCUCUACAUGCUAAUCUUAUAAGGGAUCCAGGCAGCGCUUAAAUCUUGCUCAUAUUUUUGUUGAAACUAACUUUUUUAAAAAUAAGGUAAAGUAGCUUAAGGAUUAGUAGUUAAGUUUAUUUAAUAAUUAUGAUAUAGUCUGAACAAUAGUGUAAACUAUUGAAAUAAGGAUAAAUAGCCUUAUGGUAACAAAACUCGUACAUGUUAUAAUCGGAACUAUAUUUAUCUUAGUUGGUUGGUUCCGUAUUGUUAACUAUAAUCUUACAAACAGCCAUCAUCUUGGUUAUGAAUUUUCAAUCCUUUAUUGGCAAACAAUCUCACGAAUUGCCGUAUUAUAACGUAAGUUCUAAUAUUAUUACUUUACUAAAUUCUGAAUAACCUUAAAGCCUUAGAUACUUCAUAAAAAGUAAAAAGUCUAAUGGAUAUUAUUAAUUAUAUAUAAAUUAAGUAGGUGAUCAGAAAGCUCAUAUUAAUUUAGCUUCAGAGACUUUACGUAAAGUUCUUUAUUUAUUUCUUUUUAUUUUUCUCCUUUGUGUCUUUGGCCUUAUUAUAUGCCCACACUUAAGGGAGGUACCUGGACAAAACAAUGAGGAAUCAAAUAAACAGAUUUUUUAAAGAUGAAGAA